AUGAUUAGUUUUGACAAAAACACAAUCUUGAUACAGCUUCGUGAUGGUUCUUCUCAUCAAGGCACUGUUACAUCAAUGGAACCCAAUGAGGGUCUUUUUGUCCUCAAUUCCGAGACCUCUAAGAAAGGAAAGAUUAAGGCUGUUCACCUUGUUGAUGUUCCUGGGCACUCACGUUUGCGCCCUAAAUUGGACGAAUAUGUCCCUCGAGCAGAUGGCUUAGUAUUUGUUGUAGAUGCAGUGGAAUUCUUGCCCAAUUGUCGUGCUGUUUCAGAGUAUCUCUAUGACAUUUUAACAAAAUCGAGUGUUGUCAAGAGGAAAAUUCCACUUCUUAUCCUUUGCAACAAGGUGGAUAAAGUCACUGCACAUACAAAAGAGUUCAUUCGAAAACAACUGGAGAAAGAAAUUGAUAAGCUUCGGACAUCAAGAAAAGCUGUAUCAGAUGCGGAUAUAUCUAAUGAAUUCACACUUGGAAUCCCAGGGGAACCCUUUUCAUUCUCUCACUGUGUAAACAAAGUCACUGUUGCUGAGGCUUCUGCAUUAACUGGUUUUCUUGCAGAAACUUUGGAUGUUGUUCAAGACAUUGAUUGGGUCAUUUCUCUUGGAAAUGCUUUUGCAAAGCAGUAUGAGCUUUAUAUAUAUGAUGAUGAGCAUUCUGCACUACUUCACAGAGUAUUCUUCUCCUACAAAUGUCUUGGUAUACUUCUUCAGAAAGUUGAUAACAUGACUUAUGUUCGUGAUAAAAUCGUCUGA